AUGUCUGAAGAAGCUCCAGUCGCUCCAGCCGUCGCUGCCGACGCGGGAGACUCGGUCGCUGGGCGCGCUUCCUCCGCUGAGCCCAAGCCCGACGCUCCGGAGUCCGCGUCUCGUCCUGACAACGAGCCUGAGAAGGCUCCUGAAGGCGACGACAAGCCUGCCGAAGAGAGCGCCGCGUCCGAAUCAGCAGAGACGAAGCCGGCCGACACAACGGCGCCCGCUGAAUCUGCCGAUGCGAACGGCAAGGAGGACGGCGAUGCUGCUGCUGCUGAGGCAGAAACCGUCGAGGCCAACGGCACGCGAACGCCCGCUUCGGCCAAGAAGGCGAGUGCGAAGCGCAAGUCUACAGGUGGCGCGUCCGCAAGAAAGAGGAAGUCGCAACAACGUGUCACACAUCUGGACGCGAAGCCCGGAGAGUAUUACCUCGCGCGUCUGAAGAGCUUUCCGCCAUGGCCAGCCAUCAUCUGUGACGAGGAGAUGCUGCCGCAGAGCCUACUGAACACGCGUCCGGUUACUACGAAGCAAGCCGAUGGCACGUACAAGGAGCCGUACGCCGAUGGUGGCAAGCGAGUCUACGAGAGGACCUUCCCGAUCAUGUUCCUGGAAACCAACGAAUUCGCGUGGAUCCCCAAUACGGACCUCACUCCCUUGGACCCGGAGUCCUGCAAGAACGUGCCUGAGAAGGGGAAGGGCAAGACUCUGCUUGCUGCAUACAGGGUUGCUGCAGAGAACCACGAUCUCCAGUACUUCAAGGACCUGCUGGCCGAGCACCAGCGUGCCGUGCAACAGGAGGCUGAGGAGCGAGAGGCCAAGGCGGCAGCGAAAGCCGCAGCCAAGGCGCAGAAGGAGGAAAAGAAGAAGAGGCGGAAGAGCGCAACGGCCGCCGAAGAGGCGGAGGAUAUCGAGAUGGACGAGGCCGAUCAGGAGGACCAUGAGAAGCCCAAGAGCGCCAGAAAGCGGAAGAAGGAUGCUGAGAGUGAUGUAGAGGAAGAAAAGCCGAGCAAGACGCCCAAGACCACCACCAAGUUGAAACUCACCACCCCUAAGACUCCUACGGAAACCGGCAAGAAGGCGGCUACUUCUGCAAAGACUGGCAAACAAAAGAAGGCCGGCAAGGAGGAAGAGGCCGCUGUCGAGACUCCCAAGGAGCCGCCGAAGCAGAUUGAUCCUCAGGAGGCCAAGGCGAAGAAGGAGAAAGAGAUUCUCUUCAUCCGUCACAAGCUCCAGAAGGGGUUCCUCUCGCGAGAUCAGGCGCCCAAGGAAGAGGAAAUGGCGGCCAUGUCGAACUACAUUGCCAAGUUGGAAACGCAAACCGACCUGGAAGUCUCCAUUAUCCGCGCGACCAAGAUCAACAAGGUGCUCAAGGCGAUUAUCAAGUUGAAUUCGAUCCCGAAGGACGAAGAGUACCAGUUCCGACGCCGGUCCAUUGACAUCCUCUCCAAGUGGAAGAAUCUGCUGGAGUCGGACGUUGCCGCUGCGGGUGCGGAGGAAGCGGCCAAGGAGACGAAACCCAAGACCAAUGGAGUCCACAAGGAGGAGGAGGGCGCCGAAGCCGAAAAGGCCGACAAGGCGGAUGCCCAGGAGACCGAGGAAAAACCAGUGGAAAAACCAGAGGGAAAACAGGAGGAAACCCCCGCAAAGGAAGAAGAGAAAGAGGCGGGAGAGUCCAAAGAUGAGCCGAUGCCUGACGCCGAAACUGAGGAAAAGGCGCAGGCUCCGGAGCCGGCCAAGGAGGAAGAGUCCCCGGCGGCAGAUAGUGAGAAGCCUGAGAAGCCAACUGAGGAAAAGCCAGCUGAGGAAACGACUGCAUGA